AUGGGGGUGGCUCGAGUGGGCAAAUUACAAUUACCUCAUGGACCCGUUGAUACUCCAGUAUUUAUGCCAGUUGGAACUCAAGGAACGUUAAAAGUCAUAACACCAAAACAACUGGAAGAAUUGGGUUGUCAAAUAAUGUUGAAUAAUACAUAUCAUUUGGGCUUAAGACAAGGACAAGAAUUACUUGAACAAAUUGGUGGCUCACAUAAUUUUCAGAAUUGGAAUUUUCAAAUGGUUUCUCUGUUAAAAUUUGCAAAGAUAACAGAACAAGGGAUCACCCUAGAGCAUUUUAUAUCUUUACAAAAUUCUAUCGGUGCUGAUAUUAUAAUGCAAUUAGAUGAUGUAGUAUCAUCAUUAAUAACCGGAAAAAGGGUUGAGGAAGUAAUGGAUAGAUCAAUAAGAUGGUUAGAUAAAUGUAUCAGUGCUCAUAAAAAACCAGAUAUCCAAAAUUUAUUUGCUAUUAUACAAGGCGGGUUGGAUACUAAUUUACGAAAGAAAUGA